UGAAAAGAAGAAGCGCAAACACUUCCAGCCGAAAUAGCAAAUUGUUAUGGUGGGUUUUUAAUCGGAAUUCAUUUAAAUAGUCCGUCUUUACUUGGUUAAGCCGACUGACACGUCGUAUGGUACACGUUAGAUAAACCCUAGCUAUCCUGUCAUUUUUAAGCUCUUUGGCUUCAGCCAGUAUUAAAACUAAUUUAAUGGAGGUGAAGUCGCUGGUUGGUUAUGGAGUGUCAUCAGAUUCAGAGGAUGAAGGAGAAAGUAUUACACAGACCGAGAAGGAAAAAGAGGCAGAAGGAGAGAGGAAAACACAUAUUUUCCAACAGGAGUCAGCAGCCAGUGAAUCCAGUUCUGAAUCCGAGAGAGAAGAGCACCAAGAGAAACCUGCCGAAGCUGUUUACCCUGGAGUUUUUAACUCAGAGAAUCUGCUCCCUUCACCCUUCAGCGCCUCCUCUCAUAAAUUGACCCCACCUCCACUGGGUGGUGGCAGCUUGGGUGGGUUUCCAGCUGGCAGCAGUGUGUUUUCUAACCCCUUUAAAGAGAAAGCAGUAGCAAGGCUGAAUGUGCUACAGAAACACGUACCCCUCACACUGCAGGCCCGGCCCAUCCAGAUUGGCGGGAAGAGGAUCUGUGUGGCAUACAGAAGAGAUGGCCGCUGUCGUUUUGGAAUCCGCUGUAAAUUUGCCCAUGAUAGCGAUCUGCAGAGCAACACAGGCUUUCCAGCACGCUCUGAUAUUAGACCACUGGACCAAACCCAGUCCAAUCCUGACUCCUUACACACUUCAGACUACAGGACUUCUGCUGUGGAGAGGGAUGAGGAUAAGGAGGAGGAGAGUCUUAAGAGGAAAAAGCACAGGGUCGGACUCAGUGAUACCCUCAUUCCCCCAAAACGGAUGCUAAAACAGUAUGCCAUGCAGAAGAACAAACUGUAACACCCUUUUGGAGAUUGUGAUUUUAGAAUCACCAGUUUAUUAGAUACACCACUUAUUGGCCAUUAUAUCAGCAACAUCUAGUAGGUCUAUAAUUACAGACUAUAUCUCAUCUGUUGUUGCAGUUUAUCGCAACAGUAUUACUUCCACAACUUUUUCUGUAAAGGCUAUAAAACCAAAUGAUUGUUAAUAUUUGGUUAACGUACUCCUCCGCAGGUGUGAGAUCAUUGUUCAAUUCCAAUGUCAUGACCUUACUAAUGUGUUUAUACACCCAUUUGUUCAUCAUCAAAAGGGUAGCUAAGCAAAGAAUAACAAUCUUACAGAGAGACGGAAAAAAAACUGAAAAACAACAUGGAGUAACAUUCAUUAAAGUUUGUUUCUCAGGACUAGGAGGCUUUACCAAGUUUACUUUAACUUGGUAAAAUGUCAAUUUUUUGCCAUUUCCAUUGCCCUGGUUGGUUAAAUACUAGCAGUGUGGUGAGCUCAAGCAACAACUGUAGUGAAGACUUAACAUGCAGCUUACUUCACAAAAAGCAGAAAUAAUAUGAAGCAACUGUACUUCAGUGCAGUAGUUCUAAAAAUUCCUCACCAAACCUCUUUGGCCCUUUCUUACUGUUUAAACGUUUCUCCUCACGUACAUCUAAAAACAAGAUGUCUGGGUACAUCUAAAUACCUUUUGGCUAUUGAGUUCAUUUCUGUAAUUCACAACUGUCUGAUUAAAAAGGGGUGUGAUUCUGGGUUUAAAAAGAUAAAAUAAUUGCCUUAAAAAUGUACCACAAAGAGAAGACAUGCUGCAAUAAAUACCCCCAUAUGGUUAACUAUGAAA